UGUUCGGUUGUUCCGGCAACGAAUCAUUCCUUCUUCACGUCCAGUCCGCAAUAAGUGUUGGCGUUCCUCUUAAGAAAUUGACGGUUUGUCGUUUAAUAAUAUGUGAAAAGUGUUUCAACACCAAAAAGAAUUACACAGUUCGUAAAUCAAUUGUAACAUUGCUCGGUCUUUUUUAAUUUUUUUUUAUUUUUAUUAAUUAUCUCGAUCGCUAACCGAUUAAAAAUGUUACGGUUCACGUUGAACGUGAUGUUACUGGUGUUCUUGGCCGAGUCCACGUACCCUUCCCUACACGAGUCCAACUCGGUCGACGACGAGGAAAAUCCAUUCCUAGAAGCAGCGAAAUCGCUGUUACAGGAUUCGUUGGCUGGCGGUCAAGGUGGUCAGGCCGGUCUGGGUCAGGGUCUCGGCACCGUUUUGCAGUCGUUCAUGCAAUCGGAUGGCGCUAAAUCCGGCCUGGGAUCCAUAGUCUCCGGACUGGCGGCCGCUAAGGGAUCGGUGGACCCACAGGUCAUUGGUCAACUGGUCAGCAUGUUCGCUGGCGCCGCCUCGGACAAGUCAGGCGACUCCAACCAAGACAGCGCGCCAGGAUUGGACUGGAAUUCCAUGAUCGAUCUGGCGUCCGGAUUCAUGUCAGCCAACUCGGGCGGACAAGGCUCGACUAUGGAGGGCUUCAUGCACAUGCUGCCGGCCCUGGUGAAUGCCUUUAGCGGUGGCCACCAGCACUCGGAAGACCCCGAUGUAGAAAAUCAAGAAGAGCACGACCGUCACGCCCGCGCCUCGUCGUUCUUGCCGCCGUUCCUGAGUAGCGCGUACGUGUACUGGGAGCACUUCAGGAACAGUGAACUGGGCACCACCUUGUGGAAAAACAGCGGCCUGGGCAGCAUCCUUCAGUUGUUCAUCGACAGGGACGGACACUUCCAAGUGGACAAGAUCUUCGAAUCGCUCGAAAACGCCACGUUCAGACGCCGGUGGGUCAGGAGCUUGACCAGCUUCGUCGCCGAAUGGAUUAAACACGUUUCCGACCCGAGCACGCAAGCCAGGUAUUUGUCGACUACCCAGUUCAUCAUGAACGGUUUUUUGAAAUCACAAGGUUAUGCUAAAGCGGCUCAAUUCGAUCAAACAAGACCGGCUGAGUCACUUAGUUUUCUGGCCGACGCCGUUUUCAAAAGGCAAUUCGGUUUGAAAAUCAAUUCAGCCACAUACAUUAAACCAGCUAUCGCUUACAUACAGGACGUUUUCCGUUUGGGACAAAGCAAAGGUUUUAGUCUUCACCACUUGACUUCCAAGGAAAUUGAAGACAAACUGUCAGAGCUCUUAAACCACGAAAUCAUCGAUCCUGUACUAAGAGUUUGGAGAGUGUACAGAUUCGCGUCAAAGAAAACAGAUUGUGACCGUUACCUAGUAUGCAGUAUUAACCGCAAAGGACAAUAUCCCAACAGCAAAACGGGGCUGAAACCAGGAGUCACUAAAUUGUCCAGUUUGAUCGCAUCUUGGUUCCUAUCCGGUAGAACGGGAACUCCGUUCUGGAAACUCUACAAUGCAGCUACAGAAGACCACAAUUGUGCGGUCAAGUAUCCAGCCAACUGCCAAGAAUUCCACGAAGAAGACUUGAGAGCGACUACCGAAUACUUCCACAACGAACUUUAAUACAAUUAAAAACACACAACACAUAUUUGAAGGCUGUAAAUCAGUUUCGAGUUUUAACGAAUUAUUUUUCAUUUAUAUCUAUAAAUUAAAAUUAUAAACGGGGUGUACACUAGGUUUCUCGGGUAUUUAUACCUAAUCUAAGAUACUAUUGACAAAUGACCCUCUACAUAAGUUUUAUCUUUGUCUGAAACACGUUUUAUUUUUAGUGAAAUAGCAGUUCCAUAAUUGUUUUACGGCAAAUAGCUAUAUUUAUAAUAGUCGGUUAACUAAUUUUUUUUGUACUACCAAAUUUCGUUUGUAUACCAAAGGUACGUUGGGUAGUGCAUUUGGAUAACAUCAAUCCAGUAAAAAUAUUUAAUUUUAAGUGUAUACCAUUACUUUUUGACUAAGAAUAUUGUGAGAUUAGAAAACGCAUUAUAUUAAAUUUUAUUAGUGUAAACAUUUCUAUACUAUUUAUCUAUGUAAUUAGACCAUCGUUCUUUUUUUAUUACUCAUUAUAAGAUCACCAAAAUCAAUUGAGUGGUACAGUUGUACUACGAUGCAUAUACUUUUUUUUUUUCUAUUAGCUAAUUGAUCAAGUAAGCCCUUUACAACUGAACGAAUUAAUAGUACGACACACGAGUUAACAUCUUAUCGAAGUAUAACAGUUUUAUUAAAUUUUUUGAACAGCGAAAUUCGUUUUAAAAAGCAGUGUUAUUAUUUUGAAACGAUGGAAUUGUGGUAAACACAUUUUUUGAUAUCAUGCGAUCUAAUCCUUCAAAUUGCGUAGAAAAGUAAUUUUAUAAAAGUAUAAAAUGUAUCAUGCAAAACACAGUUUUUAUUUUAAAAGUUUACCAAAAAUGUCGAUUAGAUAUACAAAAUUUAACGGUAACGAUUUAUGUUAUAGUUCUAAACUAAUAAUUAUACAUAAUUGUAAAUAUAUAACGAUUUUACUAUUA